AUGAUUACUGUCCGUACCUUCGAAAUGAAGGAUCUAGGUCCAUUGUGGUAUUUUCUUAGUAUUGAGGUUGCUUCUUCUCCAAAUGGUUAUUUUCUGUCUGAGGCUAAGUAUGCUAAUGAAGUCAUUCACUGUGCUGGUCUUACUGCUACUAAGGUUUUUGAUACACCUAUUGAGCUUAAUGUGAAGUUCAACUCCACUGAUGGUGUCCCUCUGGAUGAUCUCACUAUAUAUCGCGAGCUUGUGGGUUGUUUAGUUUAUCUGAUUGUCACUUGCCCUAAUCUUGCUUAUGUUGUUCAUGUGGGUUUACUGUUGUCCUCUACUUCUUCUUUGGACUUGGUGGUCUAUGUUGAUUCUGAUUGGGCUGGUGAUGAUACUGAUUGCAAUGCUGUUCAGAUUGCCCACAAUAUUGUCUUCCAUGAACAGAUGAAACGCAUUGAGAUUGAUUGUUACUUUGUUUGCCAGCAUCUUUAG